GUUGCACUAUAUCGACCAUAGACUGAAAUAACUUUUUUAUUAUUUUUUUUUAAUCCAUAAACACGUACCGUACAAGUGACAGUGUGGAGAUCGUUGAGAAUUUGGCUUGUGACUUGGUUUUCAAUUUCAAAGCCGUUACCUGGUCUUACUCCAGAUGGUCGACGAGUCAUCCUUAUGAGAGGUGUGGACAAAGAUGCUCAGACACCGAACGUUGCGGAUGCGUUCAAAUUGGCGCUGAUGUUGGGUGACGUCAGGCUGGCUGAAGAGAAGGAAGGUGUGGCUGGUGAUAUUUACAUCCUGGACGCGUCAGUCGCUACGCCUACUCACUUCGCUAAGUUCACACCUACAUUGGUGAAGAAGUUCCUCGUCUGCGUACAGGAAGCUUAUCCCGUAAAACUGAAGCAAAUCCACGUCAUCAACGUGUCGCCCCUGGUGGACAAAAUUGUAAACUUCGUCAAACCUUUCAUCAAGGAAAAGAUCAGAGACAGGAUCUUCCUUCAUUCGGACACCAAUGAGUUGUACAAACACGUACCAAAGGAAAUGCUGCCCGCUGAAUACGGCGGCAAUGCUGGACCCAUGAAUGAUUUACACAACGCGUGGGUGAAGAAAUUAGCAGAAUACAAAGAUUGGUUCGCGGAACAGGAGAAAUACAAAGCGAACGAAGCCCUCAGACCUGGCAAACCUACAAACUACGAUGAAUUAUUCGGUAUCGACGGUUCAUUCCGUCAACUGGUCAUCGAUUAGAUAUUUAACAACUCAUCUGACGUAAACAGUCAUAUCUCCUAGUUAGAACUCUUUACGUCAGAUAGAAAUGUAUUAAAUUAAGAUCUCAAAUACAGAUGUCGUUAAAUUAACAUUCAUUUCAUAAUCAUUAAUGACAUAUUUUAUUUGGUCGCAUUUUCUAUCGCUUUUUACCAUUUGUUUUGGUAAGUUUAUACCAAAUGCUUAUGAAUGUCAACCAAAGUUUUAUGCUCACGCGCUUAUCAUGUUGAUGUUUGAAAAUAGUAUUGUUAUUGUUUAAAACAUUUUCU